UGGCCGCACCGGCGUGCCAAUGAGGGUGCGUCACUUCCGGAGGCCGCCGAGCGCCAUCUUCUCUUUCUGGCGGCGGCGGGAGGAGGGCCGGGGUCGCGCGGCGGGCGGGGGUCCCUCCGGGGGCGGAGCGCGGCGGACUCGGCGGCUCGGCGACCGGGGGCGCCCGGCGCGCGGUAGGAAAAUAGAAACAUGUUUCAAAUUCCUGUGGAAAAUCUGAACUGCAUCAGGAAGGCGCGGAGGAGGGUGAAAAGCUUGCUUGUGGACAUCGGGCUGGACAGCUGCAGGGAGCUGCUGAAGGACCUUAAAGGCUUUGAUCCAGGAGAGAAGUACUUCUAUAACACAUCAUGGGGAGAUAUUUCUCUCUGGGAACCUUCUGGAAAGAAAGUGAGGUACCGCACUAAGCCGUACUGCUGCAGCCUCUGCAAGUACUCCAGCAAGGUGCUGACCUCCUUCCGGAACCACCUGCACCGCUGCCACGAGGACGAGCUGGACCAGGAGCAGCUGAUCCCCUGCCCCAACUGCGUGUUCUCCGCCCAUCCCAAGGUGGUGGGCCGCCACUUUCGCAUGUUCCACGCGCCCGCGCGCAAGCUGCAGGGCUGUGCCGUGAGCCCCGCGGGAGACUCCAAGCCCUCCCGCGGCGACGCCGUGAGCUUCACGUGCCUCAAGUGCAGCUUCUCCAACACGCUCUACUACAGCAUGAAGAAGCACGUGCUGGUGGCCCACUUCCACUACCUGAUCAACGCCUACUUCGGGCUGCGGGCCGGGGACGGGGCCGAGCCGGCCGCCCCCAACGCCCUGAGGGUCGACAGGUACUACUGCAAGAAGUGCAACGCCAGGGCCGGCAGCCAGGAUGCGCUCCUGUACCACAUCCUGACCUCCGACCUGCACCGCGACCUGGAGAACAAGCUGCGCUCCGUCAUCUCCGAGCACAUCAGGAAGGCCGGGCUGCUGAGGCAGGCCCACAUCGCUCCCAAACCGGCCACGCACGGGCCGGCCCCCGCCCCGCCCCCGGCCCCGGCCCCGGCCCCGGCCCCGGCCCCGGCCCCGGCCCCGGCCCCCGCCCCCGCCCCCGCCCCCGCCCCCUGCUUCCAUCUCGCUGUGCCUCAGAGCUCUCCCGGUCCAGCCGGGGCGCGACCCUCACAGGGCUCCAUCCAGGUGGCGGCCCACUCCCCGCCCGCCGUUGCCCAGCACCGCGUGACUCUGGUCUCCAGCCCUCUUCCCGGGGGCCAGAGCGGCCUCCCCCUGCAGCCCGCCGCCCCACCGCCUGUCUUCCUCUCUCACGGGGUUCCCUUGAACCCACCCACAAACCCUGCGGUGUUGCCCCUGAGCUCGCCGGCUGGGCCGCUGAACAAACCUGUCGGGUCUGCCGUCCUCCCCGCAAACGCAGCCAUCCACCCGGGGCCGCUGCCCCUCGGCCAGCCGGUGGGGCCUAAUGUUCUCUCACUGAACAGGCCCGUGGGGCCUCGUGUCCUUCCCGUCAGCCCCUCUGUCAGUGCUGGGCUACUGCAGGGGGUGUCCCCAGGAGUGAUCUCUGUGAGCCGUUCGGCCCCAUCGGGCGUCCUGCCUACCGGCCAGAUGACUCCCACCAGGGUCAUCCCUUCCGGCCAGACGGCCACCUCUGGGGUCCCGCCCACCGGCCAGGUGGUCCAGCCAGGGGUCGUGCCUCUUGGCCAGACUGCUCCGGCGGCCGUGGUCCCCAGCAGGUUGACGGUCCCCACCCGGGUCCUCCCCCCUAGCCAGACGCUACCACUGAGGGUGCUCCCUCCUGGCCAGGUGGUCCCGCCCGCGCUGCUCCCUCCCGGGCCGACGGCGUCCUCGGGGCCCCUCCCCGUGGGCCCAGGGGUGCUGCAGCUCAGCCAGCCCGUGCUGUCCGGGGUCCUGCCCGUGGGCCCUCCGGCACGGCCCGGAGUCCUGCAGCUCGGCCAGCCUGUGAGUACCAACCUGCUGCCCACCGGCCAGCCCGCCAGGCCCAGUGCGGCACAGAAUGCCACCUUCCUCACGUCCGGCUCCAUCCUCAGACAGCUCAUCCCCACCGGGAAGCAGGUGAACGGCAUCCCCACAUACACGCUGGCCCCAGUGUCCGUCACGCUGCCUGUGCCGCCCACCGUCGCGCCCCCCCAGGUGCCUCUGCAGCUGCUGCGCUCGGGCGCAUCCGCCCAGGUGGCCGUCCCCUCGGCCGGCGUGCCGUCCCCUCCCGUGGUGAGCGCCCCACAGAGCGUGCUGCUCCCCGCCUCCUGCUCCGCGGCCGAGGCCGGCCAGGCGCUCAGGCAGGCCAAGCAGUGGAAGACCUGCCCCGUGUGCAACGAGCUCUUCCCCUCCAACGUCUACCAGGUGCACAUGGAGGUGGCGCACAAGCACGGCGAGGCCCGUGCCGCCGGCAAGCUGGAGCCCGAGAAGCUGGCGGCCUGCGCGCCCUUCCUCAAGUGGGUGCGCGAGAAGACGGUGCGCUGCCUGCCCUGCAAGAGCCAGCUGGCGGAGGCCGAGCUGAUGCAGCACCUGCUGACUCACGGCCUGGGCUGCCUCUUCUGUCCCGGCACCUUCCACGACCUGCGCGGGCUGAGCGAGCACAGCCGCACGGCGCACCGCGGCAAGAAGCAGCUGCCCCUGGACUACGGCGGCCGGGGCUUCCAGCUGGACCUGGACGCCGACGGCAGCCUGCUCUUCCCACACCUGGACUUCACCACGGCCCUGCCCCGGGAGGCGCUGGGGGAGCGCGAGGUCUACCUGGCCGUGCUGGCCGGCGUCCACUCCAAGGCCCUGGUGCCCGUGUAUGUCAAGGUGCGGCCGCAGGCCGAGGGUGCUCUGGGCACGCCCGGCCGGCAGGCGCUCACCUGCCCCUUCUGCUUCGGCACCUUCGUGACGGCGCAGGCCUACGAGCUGCACCUGCGCGAGCGGCACCACAUCACGCCCACGGUGCACACGGUGCUCAGGUCCCCCGCCUUCAAGUGCAUCCACUGCUGCGGGGUCUACACGGGCAGCAUGACGCUGGCCGCCAUCGCCGUGCACCUGGUGCGCUGCCGCAGCGCCCCCAAGGACAGCAGCUCGGGCCUGCAGCCGCCGCCUGGCCCGCCAGAUGGCGGGGAGCUGCUCUUCCUAGGGGAGGAGCUGCAGGACCCCGGCCUGCCUGGCAAACGCAAGCUGCCUGACGGCCCGGCCGGGCCCCCGGGCCCCUUGCCAUCCGGCGGCGACGCGGCCCCCGGGCUGGAGAAGGCGGCCGGCGUCGCGCCCUUCAAAAGGCCGCGGAACGAGAGCGGGACGGAGGGUCCGCCGCCGCGUGAGGACCCGCUGCAGGUUCUGGCGCUGGACCCCGCGCGGUACGAGGAGCGGUCCUACGAAGACAAGAAGCAGUUUCUCAGAGACUAUUUCCACAAGAGACCGUAUCCUAGCAGGAAAGAGAUAGAACUGCUGUCCUCCCUCUUGUGGGUGUGGAAGAUCGACGUGGCUUCGUUCUUUGGCAAAAGGAGAUACAUUUGCAUGAAAGCAAUAAAGAGUCACAAGCCUUCUGUGCUUCUAGGCUUUGACAUGUCUGAACUGAAAAACGUCAGGCACAGAUUGAACUUUGACUGUGAGCCACAGGACCCGUAAACAAGCAGGAGAGAUGGCCAGUGCUGGAGAAUUAGCUUGCUCGGUUGAGAUGUGAUUUCCCCUCACGGUGUGUUGAGCGAAUCAGUUUCAGUGGUCUUCAUGCUGCUCUGUAGAUUCACUCCAGGUGCUCAGAGAGACUUUGAGGAGUGAGUCGCUGCACUGUCUCAUGCAGUCCUCCUGUAUGUUUUUCCAUCGUGUAAAUUAAAUCUUUUGAUACUUCUCGCA